AUGGAUUAUAUCGACUUUUCACAACCUACCUUUUAUUACGUCCUUGCCAACAUCCUCUUCAACCCUUUGUUCUGGAACACGGUUGCUCGUGCAGAAUAUCGAUCUCACAUCCUCACCAAGUUGGCUGGUGGCAAUCGCUAUCUAGGAUGCUAUGUAUUGGCUGUCACCAUCUUCAGCAUUGGUAUCAUUCGUGACUACUUGUAUACCUGGGCUCUUGACAACCAGCCUACCCAUCCUGCUCUCGAAUCUCCUUUGAUCCAAUUGGCUGCUGUUGUCUUGUUCGCUGUGGGUGGUACUCUUGUUCUUACAUCCAUGUAUGCUUUGGGCGUCACUGGCACCUACCUUGGUGAUUACUUUGGUAUCUUGAUGGAUGAGCGUGUUACUGGCUUCCCUUUCAAUGUGUGCGAAAACCCCAUGUAUGUCGGCUCUACCCUUAACUUUUUGGCUACUGCUCUCUGGCGUGCAAGCCCUGCCGGUAUUUUAUUGACCUUGAUUGUGUACAUUGUGUACCAAAUCGCCUUGAUGUUCGAGGGUCCUUUCACCACCAUGAUCUAUGAAAACAAGGCCAAGAAUGAAAAGAAGGCCCAAUAA